CAACUAUUCUUUUUUUUUAUUGUCAACUUCUGUCAUCUAUCAUUUAAUCAUUUCAUUAAAAUUCAUGUUCUUGCAACAAGAAAUUAUUAAAAAUGUCUCUGAAUAAGGCAGCUCAUUUGUAUAAACAGUUAUCUGUUUAUAAGCGCAAGAAAUUGUUUUUCAAUAACUUUAAUUACUAUAAAUAUAUUUCUAAAAUCUUUUGGUACAACUGCAGUUCUAAAGUAACAUCUUCAGUGUUAACUAAUAUCGAUAGACCAUUUCAAGAUAAAAAGAUUGAUUUAACUAGCGAAAAUAGUGGACCAGAUGAAAAGGACAGUUCUAUAAAACACAUGAAAUAUUCUCUUUUGUUUCUGGGAAUAUCGUCAGCCAUUUUUGGAUCAUAUGUUAUAUUUUAUUUUGGCGCUCCAGAAGUAGAUGAAAAGGGUGAAGUAAUUCCAGAUGAUUAUACUCCUAUGCCGUUGUGGAAACAGUAUAUUUUGAGGGGAAUAAAACAACUAGAAAAAUUUGCAGUUCUAAUUCAAGAACCUUCAAGGGAAAAACUGUUGCCAGAUCCACUGGCUUAUCCUUACUACCAGCCUACCUAUACUUUAAUUCUGGAAUUUACAGAUGUUCUAGCUCAUCCCGAAUGGCAGUAUCAAACCGGCUGGAGAUUUAAAAAACGUCCCGGUGUAGAUUAUCUCUUAGAAAAUUUGGUGGGCCUGUACGAAAUUGUAGUGUUUACUGCCGAACCUGGUAUGACAAUUUUUCCUGUAAUUGAAGCCCUUGAUCAGAAAAGUCUAAUAUCUUAUAAACUCGUUCGAGAUUCAACUCAUUUUGUUGAUGGUCAUCACGUAAAAAAUUUGGAUAGAUUAAACAGAGAUCUUAGUAAAGUCAUUGUGGUCGAUUGGAAUACUCAGUCUGUUAAAUUCCAUCCAGAUAACCAUUUCGUUAUCGACAGAUGGAAUGGAAAUGAUGAAGAUAAAAUAUUAAUUGAAUUAACUGAUUUUUUGAAAACGAUUGCCGAGACAAAUAUUACUGAUGUUCGAGAAGUUGUCCAGUUUUAUAAACAAUUUGAUAAACCGCUUGAUACUUUUAAACAAAAGCAAAUAGAGUAUUAUGAAUCACAGCAAAAAUCGGAAAAGCCUCGAGUUCAACCAAAGGAAUCAUUUUUAAAGUUGUGGAAUCUAUUAUUAUAAUCUUAAAAUUUAUGUAUAAAUGUAUAAAAAGCGAUGUAUUAAUAAAUACAUUAUGUUUUACUUUUUUUAA